GUGACAGGAGUGGAGGGUGGUGACAGGAGUGGCGGCGGGUGAUAGGGGUGGAGGGAGGUGACAGGAGUGGCGGCGGGUGACAGGAGCGGCGCCAGAUCAGCUGACCAACAUGGCCGUGGCCAAGUACAUAGCUCUGGCCGCCUUCUUCAUCCUGGUGGGCACUGGUAUUGCUGUGAGCUAUACUGGUGCAAGUCUCCUUACAUCAUAUGUAGCUUAUCUCUCACCAUGGAUACCGACUUGGCUUUGGGUAGCAGUCGGUGCGAUUAUGGUGCUAGGAGUUGGAAUCACAGCCACCAGCACUGUUGGAGCUAUUGCGACACUAGCUCCUAAUCCCAAGGCCUUCAAAAUUUGCCUGUCUCUGCUCCUGUUGAUGGUGGUGACAGAAAUUGUAAGCACAGGCAUAGUUUACCAGAAGCAGCAUGUACUGGCCAAGGCACUGGGUGACUACAUGGGUGAAGCCAUGGAGAAAACACAAGUGGACUAUGGGGUCAAUAUUUCUGAUACUCAGCUGUGGGAUGAAAUCCAGAUGGAGAUGAACUGCUGUGGGACCAUUAGCUACAAAGAUUGGUUUGCCACAGCUUUUGGCAAGGGCACAGAUGUUCCUGACUCCUGUUGUCUGGAGGUUGUACCUGACUGUGGGAAGGACAUUGCACAUAUAAUUGAUGCUGAGGAUGUAGUAAUAACCGAGGGAUGCUUCCCCACAGUGCUACACAACAUUGGUAUUGACUACCAUACGCUGAGCCGGGAAGUGUGGUUACCUGUGUGUGCCAUGCAUGUUGCUCUUAUGGUUCUCCUGGUUGCCACAAGCAUGUUCCUGCAGGAGGGCUACACAGCCAGCAACCUUAAUAUCUACUCUGUGUCUGCUGUCAUCCCAGCUGCCGCUCACAAAUACCACGCUCUCGACAACAAUUGUUAGAAAAUCAAAUGUGCCUUUUCUUUUGCAAGGACCCAUAUAGGCCUAUGCAAUCCUACAUAGUGACUUGAUCAUAAUUCAUUCUUAUUGUAAAGGAAGGUAUCUAUUUUUGCAGAUUAGAACAUAAUUAUGGAUACUACAGCAGGCUUGCUUACCACUUCAUAUCUAUGUGAGGUAGGUCCUAUUUAUAUCCAAUGAAACUCAUUCAUAUAUUGUAUAUUAGUGUUGUAUUCACAUACUUUUUAAGAUAUUUUGGAUGUACAACUAUUGUUCACUGUUCAAAUUUUCCUUUUUAAUUUGUAUAGGAUGUACCAUUUCAAGCUUUAAAUAAGUACUUAUAUAUUUUGGAAUGCUAUAUUUAUAUAUAUUAUUUUGUUUUCUGAUGAAUGUUUUUCAGUGGAAUAUUAAAAUAAAAUUUACACAUGAAUGCACGUGUGUGUGUGUGUUUAUAUAUUCACGAUGCUAAAUACACAUGUGAUAAUAGUCUAACUUGAAUUCAGACAAACAUGGGGUUGUAGUGUAGUGGGUAGGAUAUUGUUGCUUAAAGUUAGAGGAAAUAUAUACUGUAUAUGCUUCUCUUAUAUAUUUUCAUAUUGGAGUGUGUGACAGUUUAAUUUUUAUAAUGUUAACUUGUUUUCAUGUGAAAAUUACAUAAAAAAAAAAAUUACUUGCUUGUACAGUAAAUAAUUAAAGGUUCAAUACAUUGA